AUGUUAGUCUGGCACUUUACUAAAAAUGGACAGUAUAAUGUGAAGUCCGGGUAUUGGGUGGCAGUGGAGCUUCAAAACAGAAAUCGUGUAGAACAGGGAGGCACUAGUAUGGACAGAACAUCAGGUUUGACUGCCCGGAUAUGGAAGAGCGUUUGGGGCUUGGCUAUACCUCAUAAAGUUAAAGUUUUCUUGUGGCGAGCUUGUCGGGAUUUUCUCCCGUGUGCAUAUAAACUGGUACUGCGUAAGAUCUCGAAUGAUUCCUCUUGUUGGCAGUGUAGAUGUCGUGUGGAAUCAGUAUUACAUGUACUCUGGGAAUAUCCCUAUGCACGUCGUGUGUGGAAGCUUUCUUUCCUAAGUGAAGUGUGCAAAGUGUGGAAGGAACCUUCUUUCAUUGAUCUGUUUUCACAUGUCAAUUCAAUUACAUGUGGUACUGAUCUUGAAGAGUUUGGUUUCCUAGCGUGGUGGUUAUGGAGAAAUCGAAACUUACAUAGACAUGGAGAGAAGUAUUUGACUCCGAGUGAGCUAGUGAUGGCAGCUAGAAGUUGGAAGACUAAAUUUGAGCUUGCAAAUAGGAGGAUAGAUGGUGCCUCUCAGUCUGGUCAGUGCAACCAAGUGGAUUGGCAGCCACCAAAACAAAGUUUCAUUAAACUCAAUUUUGAUGCUGCUUGUGAUGAAAAGAGAGGCUGCGUAGGACUGGGAGUGGUGUUUCGAGAUGAGGUCGGAAGCCUAAGAGGAGCUUUAGAUGUACCACAAGUUGGUAGACUAAAGCCAAGAGCAGCAGAAGCACUUGCUUUAUUGCACGGGUUAAAGUUUGUAGUUCAUGUCGGAUUCAAUAAGUUAAAAAUUGAGGGAGAUGUCCUCACUAUUAUUAAUACUCUUCAUGACAGUUCAGAGGAUUUGAGUGAGGAAGGGAAUGUGCUAGAGGAAGCUAAAGAGGUUAUGAGGCAGCUAACUCAAUAUAGUUGGGGUCAUGUUCGGCGGGAUUGCAAUAGGGUGGCGCACAAGGUUGCAAAGGAAGCUCUUCAACUUGGUGAACCUAUGCUCUGUCUACAAUCUGGGCCUUCAUGGCUUCAUAAUUAUGUUGAAAUGGAUGUAUCUCAUAACUAG